UCUUGCCAUUCUUCACGAUGGCGUCCUCAACAGAUCUAUAUGUCUUUGGCGAUCAAAGCACUCCCGUUCUUGAUAAACUACAAACCCUUUUACGUGUAAAAGAUAAUGCGCUUUUGACUUCUUUUCUUGGCGAGGCGUUUUUGGCUGUACGACAUGAGAUUGUUUCACUCUCGUCUAUAGAGAGAAAAUCGAUUCCCGAGGCUGAGAGCCUCAGCUUGCUUUUGGAGGGCGUUCGGAGGAGCGAGCCACAUGCGGCUCUGGAUAGCGCUUUUGUGUGCAUCUAUGAGAUUGGAUACUAUAUUGAUUAUUUGGCCCGUUCGGAUAAGCAACAUCCAUCGGCGUCGCCGUCAUUCCUCCUCGGUAUUUGCACCGGUAGCAUUGCAGCCGCCGCUGUCAGCUGCGCGAAAGAUGUUUUCGAGAUUUCGAAACUGGGUGUUGAGGCUGCUACUGUUGCUUUCCGACUAGGAAUGCACGUUCGCAGAAGAGCUGAAAACCUUGGGUACUCGACAACUUCAAGCUGGUCUAUGAUCUUGUCUUCGAAUCAGGAAGAGCUUGUUUCAGAAGCUUUACAAGAAUUCUCCAAGGAUAAAAAUCUUACAUCCAGCACGCGUCCGUACAUCAGCGCCGUUGGUCCUGGUUUCACAACAAUUAGCGGUCCUCCAUCUAUCCUCGAGUCACUGAAAGCUCUCGAUAUUUUCUCUGGAAAGAGGUUAUAUCCGGCUCCCAUUUAUGGUCCCUACCAUAACGCGUUGGCAUACUCCGAGUCCAGCCUCGAACAUGCCCUUGCAUCAAUCCUCGAAGAUGCUGAGUUCCUAGAGAACAAGAUGCUCAUUCCCAUCAUCUCCUGCGCCUCGGGAUCUCGCUUAGACCAGUUGUCCUUCGGUAGCCUCCUCAAGGACGUUUUGAGCAGCGCUCUUUCUCAACAAAUCCGCAUGGAUCUCGUCACAGAUGCUCUGCUCGAAACCGUUUCUGGUACUGACGCUACCUUGAUGCCGGUCAAUGCCCAAACGACUGUUUGCAGUCUUGCUGACUGGUUGGCCAAGCGAGGAGCCACAACACGCAUUGGACCAACACUGGAUAGCCUUGUCAAAGAUCAAGCAGAACCCCAAGUUGCUCCCGGCGAUGACAACAAGAUCGCCAUCAUCGGAUUCAGCGGGCGGUUCCCCGAAGCCGACAACCUCGACGAGUUCUGGGAUCUUUUGAUUCGUGGUCUCGAUGUCCACAAACCAGUACCCGAAGAGCGCUUUGCUCGCGACCACUACGAUCCCACUGGCCAGCGCAAGAAUACCAGCCAAGUCCAGUACGGAUGCUGGUUAAAGUCCGCAGGCCACUUCGACACUCAGUUCUUCCACAUGUCGCCCAAGGAAGCUAUGCAGACCGAUCCAGCGCAGCGACUUGCCCUCCUUACAGCUUAUGAAGCCCUCGAGAUGGCUGGAGUCGUGCCUGACCGAACUCCGUCGACCCAGCGGAACCGCGUGGGCGUUUACUACGGUACUACGAGUAACGAUUGGGGUGAGGUGAACUCUUCGCAGGAUGUUGAUACGUACUACAUUCCUGGAGCCAACCGUGCCUUUAUUCCUGGCAGGGUCAACUACUUCUUCAAGUUCACGGGCCCGAGUAUCGCUGUUGACACCGCUUGUUCUUCGAGUCUCGCUGCUAUCAACCUUGCGAUUACUUCGUUGAAGAACCGGGAUUGUGAUACUGCGAUUGCUGGUGGAACUAACGUCAUGACGAACCCUGACAACUUUGCGGGCCUUGAUCGGGGUCAUUUCCUCUCCCGCACAGGCAACUGCAAGGCUUUUGACGAUGGUGCAGACGGUUACUGCCGCGCUGACGGAAUCGGUACCUUGAUUCUCAAACGCCUGCCGGAUGCCAUCGCCGAUAGUGAUCCCAUCUUUGGAGUCAUCCUUGGAGCACACACCAACCACUCAGCAGAGUCUGUCUCUAUCACCCGACCUCUCGCAGAUGCUCAGGAGUAUCUGUUCAAGAAGCUCCUAAACGAGACUGGUAUUCACCCUCACGAUGUCAGCUACGUCGAGAUGCAUGGCACAGGGACCCAAGCCGGCGAUGCAGUUGAGAUGCGAUCAGUCCUCAACUCCUUCGCCUUCGACCACAGCCGGCCACGGGACAAGAGCUUAUAUCUCGGCUCAGUCAAGGCCAAUGUCGGACACGCUGAAUCUGCAUCUGGAGUUCUUGCCAUCAUCAAGGUAUUGCUCAUGAUGCAGAAGAACACGAUCCCUCCUCAUUGCGGCAUCAAGACCAAGAUCAACCAGGGUUUCCCCAAGGACUUGGAUCAUCGUGGUGUGCGCAUCGCUCAGAAGGAGAGCGUGGAUUGGUCUCGGCCUGAGGGUGGUAAGCGCAGAGUGUUGGUGAACAACUUCUCUGCUGCUGGUGGAAACACGUCUUUGCUGCUCGAGGAUGGUCCUGCUGUUCAUCCAGCACGACAGCAUCAAGAUGGAGAUCCUCGCACUGAACAUGUUGUAGCUGUUUCUGCACGGUCUACCAAGGCUCUGGAGGAGAAUUUGAAGGCUCUUGAAGCUUUCAUCGCCAACUCUUGGGCUCCGGAGGGUGAGCUUCUUUCUCAGCUCUCGUACACCACUACAGCUCGACGUGUACACCACAGUCGACGGGUUGCGUUUGUCACCAACGGUCUUGAUGACUUGAGAAAGUCUCUUCUCAAUGCUGUUUCCACCGCUGGGCAAGUCAAGGGCAUUCCUGCAGUGUCGCCCAAGGUCGGAUUCCUCUUCACUGGACAGGGAGCACAAGAGACCGCCAUGGCCAAUGGGUACUACAAGAGCUUCUCAUCCUUCCGAUCGGACAUUCACCAGCUUGACUCCAUCGCAACUCUUCAGGGUCUCCCAUCUGUGCUACCACUUAUCCAUGGUACAACUCCCGUUGAGGACCUUUCCGCAGUUGUCGUGCAACUGGGAACUUGCAUCAUCCAGAUCGCACUGGCCCGUUUCUGGAUCAGCCUCGGCAUCACUCCUCAGUAUGUCAUUGGACACAGUCUGGGCGAAUAUGCCGCCCUCCAGAUUGCCGGAGUGCUUAGCGUCAACGAUGCCAUCUUCCUCUGUGGUCACAGGGCAGCGCUUCUCGACAAGAAGUGCACUGCCUACACGCACGGCAUGGUCGCUGUCAAAGCCGCAGCGGAUGACUUGAGGCAGCAGAUCUCUUCGGACUUGAAGGUUGAAAUUGCUUGUGUCAACGGUACCGAGGACACUGUCCUCAGCGGUCCCAACGCGGAUAUCGAGUCGCUCUGCGGGAAGCUGACCCAGGCUGGCUACAAGCUUCACAAGUUGGAGAUUCCCUUUGCAUUCCACUCGUCUCAGGUCGAUCCCAUUCUUGAUGACCUCGAAGAACUGGCUUCUCAGGUUGAGUUCCACGAGCCCAAGCUUCCUAUCGUCUCGCCUCUUCUACGUACGCUACUAACUGGUGAUACACUCGGUCCUCAGUACAUCAGACGUCAUUGCCGUGAGACAGUUGACUUCCUUGGUGCUAUCAAGAUGGCUGAGUCACAAGGGAUCAUGGACCGAACUGGCAUGUGUAUCGAGAUUGGAGCACACCCUAUCCUCACGCGAAUGGUCAAGUCAAUAAUCGGCCAAGAGUUCCGAUGCCUUGCUUCUCUUCGCCGCAAGGAGGACCACUUCAAGACUCUUGCUGACUCUCUCUGCGCUUUACAUCUGGCUGGCUUUUCUGUCAACUGGGACGAGUACCAUCGGGACUUUGCUUCAUCUCGCAAUGUCCUCCAGCUUCCUAAGUAUAGUUGGCAGCUUGCGAACUACUGGAUGCAGUACAAGUACAGCUGGUGUCUUACCAAGGGCGACGCUCCCGUUGAGAAUGGUCCGGUUGGUGCAGUCGUGCAGACGAGGGCACUGAGGCUUAGUGACUCAGUGCACAAUGUCAUCGAGCAGGUUCAUGGUGACAAGAGAAGCUCCAUCACGGUUGAGUCUGAUAUGCAUGACGCCUCUCUCCUAACCAUAGCGCAAAACCAUCGUGUCAACGGAUUGACUAUGGCCCCUUCGACUCUCUUUGCCGACAUCGCCUUUACUCUCGCCAAGCACCUCAUCCAGAACCACGGCCUCGACACGCAGACGAACCUACCCUCCAUCAACAACAUGGCUGUCGAGAAGGCUCUCAUCGUGGGAGAGACUGGCCCUCAGCUAUUCCGAGCAUCGCUUGAUAUGGACUGGACUUCCACGCACGGUUCAGUCCGCAUCUUCAGCGUCAAUGCGAGCGGGAAGCAGACCACUAUCCACGCAGUCUGCGAUGUAGCGGUUGAGAACCCAAGUUCUCAUCGUGAAAGCUGGCAGAGCCACGCUUACCUCAUCCAGAGAGGUAUUACGCAGCUUGUCAAAGGUGCUGGUGAUGGAACUGCUCAUAUGAUGCGCCGUGGUCUCUUGUACAAGAUCUUUUCCAACUCGGUCCAGUACGGGUCUGCUUUUCAAGGCAUCGAACAGGUCUGGUUUGACAGUGAAGGCCUCGAAGGAACUGGCAAGGUCUUCAUGCCAUCCGGCAAGGACAAUUUUGCGCUCAACCCGUAUUGCUGCGACAGUUUGGGCCACAUCACAGGCUUCAUCAUGAAUUGCAGCGACAGCUUGGACCUUGAUGACCACGUCUACAUUAAUCAUGGCUGGCGCUCCCUUCGCUUGGUUGAGCCUUACCAGUGCGAUGUGCAGUAUCGGACAUAUGUCAAGAUGCAGGCUGUCGGCUCUGAUGAUUCUACUUACAGUGGCGAUGUCCAUGUUCUUCGUGAUGGUAAGAUCAUCGGUAUCUGCGGCGGCGUCACCUUUAAGAAGGUCGCUCGUAAGGUACUGGAGAUGCUUCUUCCCAAGCCCUCUGGUGCAAAGGCCAAGUCCGCUGCAGUUAAGCACGCUGCUACUGAACCCGUUAGACACGCCGUUCUCACUCCUCCACCCACCACUAGCCAUAGUGUCGGCACAACAUCACCUCCUGAGCCAACAGAACCGGCUGUUGGUUCUACUUCCGGUCUCAUUCAGAAGGCUCUCGAUAUCAUUGCCGAUGAGAUUGGCGUCGACAUGUCUCAGCUCACCGACUCCACUCUCUUGGCUGACCUGGGCGUGGAUUCACUUAUGUCAUUGACCAUUCUGGGUAACUUCCGAGAGGAGCUCGACCUAGACAUACCCGCAGCGCAGUUCUAUGAGUUCUCAACGGUCCAGGAUCUCAAGUCCUUCCUUGGGGCCAACGACCAAGACUUCUCAAGCUCAAACUCCGAGGCAGAGAGUUUCGCGUCUAGCGCCGCUUCAACAUCUCCCAGUGACCACGGGGAUGAUCCCGUUGAGGAUGUCAAGCCUGUUGUGGCUGAGAUACCUCGCUCAACCUCUACGAUCUUACAGGGCACCAAGCACUGUUCCCGAACACUCUUUCUGUUCCCCGACGGCGCCGGCUCAGCCACAUCUUAUGUCACCCUCCCAUCCAUUUCGCCGGACAUGAGAGUCAUUGGAUUGAACAGCCCUUACCUCACCAAGCCGCAUGAGUUCAACUGUGCUCUCCAGGAAAUCACAGGCUCCUACUUGAACGAAGUGCGUCGACGCCAACCCCAAGGCCCCUAUCAUCUCGCCGGUUGGUCAGCAGGCGGCGUCUCAGCGUUUGACGCCGCUCGUCAGCUUGUCUCAGAGGGAGAGGUAGUCGAAAGCCUCAUCCUGAUCGACUCCCCCAACCCCGUUGGUCUCGGCAAACUGCCAAAGCGUAUGUACGACUUCCUCGAAAAGUCGGGUAUCUUUGGCGCUUUCGAGAUGGGCGAGGAAGCUCAAGCGCCGCCUGAUUGGCUCUUCCAGCACUUCUGUGUCUUCAUUGAGGCUUUGGAUAGAUAUGUGCCUGAACCGUUUGAGCACGGCAUGGCGCCCAAGACGACCAUCAUCUGGGCUGCGGACGGCGUGUGCAAGAACCCUGAAGAUCCUCGCCCAGAGGCACAGCCUGACGAUCCUCGGGGAAUGAACUGGCUCUUGAAUAACAGGGAGGAUUUUGGGCCGAAUGGUUGGGAUGAGUUUAUUGGCCCCGGCAACAUCAGCACAAUGGCGAUUGAGAAUGCCAACCACUUCACUAUGAUGAGGGAGCCCAUUGCGUCUGCUCUUUGUGCGAAAAUCCGGGAGGCUAUGGGGGUUAAUUGACAAGUGCCUUGAAGCGGCAGUGUUAUUUAUUUAGAUAUUUAUAUCUUUGCUUUCUAUAGUUGCUUUCUUUUAAUGGUAAAUUUGUACACCUU